UUCAUCUUCUCAGUUUCAAAUUUUCUCACCCUUUUGAACAUGUUUUCUGGAAUGAUGCAAGCAACAACAAGGUGUAAGGAGCUUCUUUCCAUGUGGCUUUUGGCUGCCAGUGCCAAUUAUGCACUUCGUCGAUUCAUGAAAGUCAUAGAGAGAGUUGUUUUUGCUGAAUUUACUUGCAUUGUGGCAUUAGGAGGGUCCAUAAUGGGGAUAAUUGCAGGAGCCAUCAGUGGCCACACCACAGAAGCUGGUUUUGUUGAUGGUGCUUGCAAAGGAGCUGUGACAGGGGCAAUUGCUGCACUACAAUUGCUAAAUAAUGCUGCAGCUGCUGAGCCUCUGUCUAAGUUUGCCCUAUUGAGGAGUUUGCUAAAUGGAAAGGUAUUUAUGGAAUGGAUAUGUCCAGUAGUUGCAAAAGUGUAUCAAUGUCAUAUGAAUGCACAUGGAACAAGUUACAGAGAAGAAUCAUCAGAUAUAAACAAUGGCGUUGUGAGGGGAAUCACAGUCAAAGAAAUGACUUGGAAUAUCAUCCGAGAGCUUCCUGUUCAACAAUUCAAUUCCAGUGAAAUGUUGAAUCUUUACAAUGAAUCAUGCUGCUCAAUUUGCUUCCAAGAUUUUGAGGAUGAAGAAUUUGUGAAGACACUUCCAAACUGUGGCCACUUUUUUCACUUGGUGUGCAUAGACAAAUGGCUAGUUAAACAAGGAUCAUGUCCCAUCUGUAGAAUUUAUGUUCCACAAUUAUGAAUUUGCAGCUGAAUUAUAGUUGGAGAAUCUCUUUAUAAUUUCAAAGA